UAGUGAUGCCAAUAAUUUAUUGACCGCAUAUUUCCAGUAAAACCCUAAGUGGAGGGUUUAUAAUUGAAAUCUUGAAUUGAAAACACAGAAAGUGAAAACAAUGUCAAUUGAAUUGAACUCAAAUCAAAACCCUAAAAUCACAUGGGAAGGCUGUAAUGUGCUGCUUGAUAUCAACGAUGGUGAUCGUUUGCUCUUCGCUCGCCUCACCCCUGGCUCAACACUGAAAAUUGGGAAUAAGAGCUGUUCACUCCAGCCGUUGAUUGGUUGUCACUUUGGCUCGCUGUUUCAACUCGAAACCGGAGAUAAGGGACCUUUUUUAUCCCCUGUUGUAGAAGUGUCAAAUCAAGAGGAAAAGGGUUGCAAAAUAGAUGAGCCUAAAGACAACCGUGCACUAGUUGAUAAUAAUACAGCUCAGAGUCUUACCGGGGAUGAGAUAGAAGCGAUGCGAAGGGAGGGUGUAACUGGUGAUGAAAUUGUUGAAGCUCUUAUUGCUAAUAGUGCAACAUUUGAUAAGAAGACAUCAUUUUCACAGGAAAAAUAUAGGCUAAAAAAGCAGAAGAAAUAUGCACCAAGAGUACUUUUGCGGCGUCCUUUUGCACGCAGCAUAUGUGAGACGUACUUCAAGAAAUAUCCAACCAGAAUCGGAUAUUUGCGAGUGGACAGUUUAUCUCUUCUUCUCUCUAUGGCCAAUAUCACAGCACACUCUGAUGUCCUUGUGGUUGACAUGAUUGGCGGUCUUCUUACUGGUGCUGUGGCGGAACGAAUGGGAGGUAUGGGUUACGUAUGCAAUACCUAUCUUGGAGUAAAUCCCUAUCCAAUUGAUAUAGUAAGGAUGUUCAACUUCAGUGAUGAAAUUUGCAAAAGGAUUGUGCAAUCACCUCUUGCUGAGCUCUCUGCCCGUGAAAAUGAAAUAUCACUUCAACCUGGCCAACCUGAAGAUUCCUGUAACACUGAAAAAUUGACAUCACCACCUCCAAACUCUGUCAACAUGGAUGAACUGAUGGUAACACCUGAGAACAAUAAUUCAGAAAUUUUGACAACAGCUGCUUCUCCAGUUUCGAAGGCUUGCAAAGCUGCAAAAGCUGGAGGGAAAGCGCCAGAAGUGGCAAUUAAAUCAUGGAGAGAAACUGGUUUUUCAAGCCUCAUAAUGGCCGUCCCAGAUAUGGAUGCUUGGACAAUUGUCAAAGAAGUCCUCCCACUUCUAUCUUUUUCAGCUCCUUUUGCAAUUUACCACCAAUAUCUUCAGCCGCUUGUAACAUGCAUGCACAAUUUGCAGCUUGGGAAAAUGGCAAUUGGAUUGCAAAUAGCAGAACCCUGGCUUCGUGAAUAUCAGGUUCUGCCAUCAAGAACACAUCCACACAUGCAGAUGAGUGCAUUUGGUGGGUACGUUUUGACGGGUACAAGGAUAUGUAGUACUUGAUCAUUGGAACUGAUAUGGUCGAAUUUCUUGAUUUGUUUGGUGUUGCUCAACGGAAUCAAGUGCCUUUCUGCUGUAAAAUUUCAUACACCAGGAGGAAUAAUUUGAAUACACGCAACUUGUCAUCUGCAAUUUUGAGUAGUCUUGUCAUUUUUAUACUUUCUGGUGUUGUAACAUUAGCAAUUGUUAUCUUUAUUUUGUUCUUACAGAAAUUUCACUGAAAUAUUCUUCACUCAUUGUAAACCAGUUUAAUAUAGAUGUCACUUCUCUUUGUUUC